CAGGUGUGCAAGUCCUGAUAGCGUCGAAACUGUAAGCUUUGAUGCUGGCUGGCAGACACGAGGAAGUGGUAGAAAUUAUGCCAGCCACACAGGACACGGAAGUAUGAUUGGAAUUAACACUGGAAAAGUCCUGUCAUACUCAUACAGAUGCAGGAUUUGUAGAUUCUGUGACAGAGCUGUAGACAGGGUUCCUAAGGAUCAUGAUUGCCGCAAAAACUGGGAGAAAUCUUCAAAAGCUAUGGAGUCUGAUAUGGCAAUAGAGAUGUUACAGGACCUCAAACAAAGAGGAUUUCAUGUAAAAAAGCUAAUAAUGGACAACGAUUCAACAACCAUUUCAAGAGCGAAAGCUGCUUUUGAUGAAAACCUGGAGAAACAUUGUGAUUUUAAUCAUACAAAGAAGAAUUUCACCAGCAGGUUAUUUGAAUUGAGAAAAGAAAAAAAGUACCCCACUCUAGGCCCGAAGGCUAUAAAUCACCUGACGAAAUGUUUUACGUAUGCAGUUAAAGGCAACUCGGACAGGCAAUCCUAAGAAAACAAUCUAAGAGCUAUUCCAUUUCAUGUGACAGGGGACCAUUCCAAAUGUGGAGACUGGUGCGGCUUUGUGAAGCAACCAGAAGGAUACAAACCGAAAAAUUUGCCGUACGGGAAAUAUCUUCAAGGAAAUGGUAUUUUGACAGAUCUACAGAAAGUAUUUGAAUAUUUCUUUAAAAAUGUGGAUCGCCUGUUGAACAUGGGGAGC